AUGAUUCACCAGGCCAACGUGUUGGGAAAACGUUCCAACAAUGGAUUCAAAAAGGAGGCGUGGGUGGCAGCGCUGGCAAAGUUAAACGAAGUCCCUGACUGCGCGUUUACCAUGCUGCAACUUAAAUCCCGGAACACGGCGAUCAAGGAGCGAUUUUCUUUGCUUUCUCGCAUGGCAAAUGCUUCUGGAAUGAGGUGGGAGCGGUCAAGGUCGUUGGUGGUAUGUGUUUCGACGACCUGGGACGCAUUCCUCGCUGGCAAGGGCAAAGACAUGGAGCGUUGGAAGAACAAGCCGUUUCCGUUGUACGAUUUGUGCGAAGUUCUCUACGAAGGCACCUUGGCAACGGGUGUGUAUGCUCAAUCAUCAAGUGUCGCUUCCUGCAAAGUACCAGGCGUGAUUGGGCAACUCGAAGACGACGAACACGAUUCUCAGAAUGGACGAAGUGAGGAUGAAAACAGCACCAUCAAUGCGAGCAUUGCAACAGCAUCAUCGAAGCGACCGUGUCCUGGCAGCUCUUCCCCUCCAAGACGAGUCCGGCGUUCAGCGGCAUCCACGAUGGCAGUCGAGCUCAAGUCACAAACUGAAAGUAUAUCCAAGGAACUGGCAGCGUUUGCAUCGGCCGCCAUUCAAGACAUCGUGGCGGCACCCAUGGACUCGAACGAAGCUGUGCACGACACAUAG